AGGCUCUCUCACUCUCUCCUUUCUUCUCUCAAACCGAGAGUUCCAAAGCUCUCUACGCCUGCCACCGUACGUCGGUGGCCAAAUCCAUCUCCGAUCGUCCCCCAAUCAUUGCUAAAGAUGCCGAAGCACUCUCCUCCUUCAUCUCUUCUAUAUUCUUCUCACAGUCGACUCACUCAUUUCUCCCCCUUUCUUUUCUCUCGACCAAAACCAACGAGGAUCCUAACCUCGACGAUUCCCUACUCAGAUGAGGGUACCAAGGCUUCUAGAAUCUACUGAUAAAAUCCCAAACGGCUACGGGAAGAAGCCGAAGAGAUUCCCAUAGCCUUAACACGACUCAGGUAACGAGCCUCACUUCCCUCUCCUCUUCCUUUUUCGUUUGUUUCGGACUUAUUUGGUUUACUAAGACUAACCCCGGCCCCUUAUCUCCGGCAAUGGAGCCCCGAACGACUAUGAGACGGAGCCGACGAUACUCUAUUGACGUUCGCACAACUCAGGGGAUACUGUGAGAGCCAAUUUGGCAUUUUGCUCGUGAGGCUCGAUGGGGACCAGUGGUGAUGCAACCGUGGCUGUUAGAGGUGUAUGGGAGACCAGUGCUGAGCUUCUCACGUGGCCAUAGGACCACUGUUGCUGCUGGUGUGGUGGCUGUUCGUGUGAAGGCAUGGGGUUUACUGGCGUGGCUUGCUGGAAUUGUUUAUGGGUUUGUUGGAUAAACGGGCCUCAACUAGGUUCGAGUUUUGUGUUAAAGGCUUGGUACAUUUGAAAUGGGUAGAUAUAAUGAAGCAAAUUGUAUUUGUACCAUUAGAAUGGACACUUGGUUUUAUGGAUUUAUUUAUUUUUUGCUUAAUUGAUGUUAAUAAGGUAGGUUAGAAAUAUUUGAGCUCUAAAUUCCAACACAAUCAUGCACGGUCACCUGAACUAAAUAAACCCGACUAAGCAAAGGCGUGACCCCACUGCCACUUCGGUUGAUUCAACAUCGUUACACGAGCAACUUUAAAUUAGUCCUUGAAUGUCUUCUAUUUGACUUGGGAUGCUCAGACAAAAUCAGGGUAUUACACUUCCCUCUGAGAUUGUUCCUGCUACUUUGAAGAAACAAACUAGGCCCGAUGGUCUCCCCAUGGACCCUUCCGUUAGCCACCCACGAGGUCCACUGCGCUUUGGUGAUGGUGAGAGGAGAUUGGGUGACAGAGAUGGGUGCCGUGGAGGUCCACGAGGAGGAGGGCGUGAUUUUGGCGACAAGGGAGGUGCUCCUGCCGAUUAUCAGCCUUCAUUCAGGGGCUCUAUUCAAGGCCUGGCUUUGGUCGUGGCGGCUCUGCUGGUGCAGCUGGUCGUGGCGAUAGGGUUGUCAGUUAAUGUGUAUUUGCACUUUUAGUUCAUUUAGUUGUACUGGAUGGCUGAAAUUAUCUCUUUUUUGGGAAUUUUGUUGAAUUAAUUUCUUUGAUUCGGUUGGAUAUUUAUAAAUAAUUUUGAUCAUUCAAGAUA